AUGCUAAAAGACAUCAAUGCUGAAGAGAAAGAUACAAUAACAUUUGAAGUUACUGUUAACUAUGAAGGUAUCUCAUAUAAAUGGCUAAAGAAUGGGGUAGAAAUAAAAUCGACUGAUAAAUGCCAGAUACGAACAAAGAAGCUCACACACUCCCUCUCCAUAAGGAAUGUGCAUUUUGGUGAUGCUGCAGAAUACACUUUUGUUGCUGGAAAAGCAUCUUCAUCAGCCACUUUAUACGUGGAAGCUCGUCACAUUGAAUUUAGGAAGCAUAUUAAAGAUAUCAAGGUUGUGGAGAAGAAGAGGGCUAUUUUUGAAUGUGAAAUUUCAGAACCUGACAUUCAGGUCCAGUGGAUGAAAGAUGGACAAGAACUCCAGAUUGGUGACAGGAUGAAAAUUCAGAGAGAGAAAUAUGUCCAUCGUCUCAUCAUUCCUUCCACGAGAAUGUCUGAUGCUGGUCAGUACACUGUAGUAGCUGGUGGAAAUACAUCCAGUGCCAAUUUGAUAGUGGAAGGUCGUGACAUUCGUAUCAGAAGUGUCCGUAAAGAUAUUCAGGUCAUUCAGAGACAAAGAGCUGAAAUUGAAUUUGAAGUCAAUGAAGAUGACAUUGAACCACAGUGGUACAAGGACGGUAUUGAGAUCAACUUCCAAUUUGAGGAAAGAUACAGUUAUGUGGUGGAAAGGAGAAUUCAUCGAAUGAGCAUCUUUGAAACGACAUACUCUGAUGCUGGAGAAUAUACUUUUGUUGCAGGACGGAAUAGGAGCUCUGUUGUUCUCUAUGUGAACGCUCCAGAGCCACCCCAGAUUAUUCAGGAGCUAGAGCCAACCACUGUGGAGUCUGGCAAACCUGCCCGCUUCUGUGCUAUGAUAUCAGGCAAACCCCAGCCCAAAAUUUCCUGGUACAAAGAUGAUCAACAGCUUUCUCCAGGUUUCAAGUGUAAAUUUCUUCAUGAUGCGCAAGAAUAUACUCUAUUGCUCAUUGAAACUUUCCCUGAAGAUGCAGCAGUGUACACUUGUGAAGCAAAAAAUGACUACGGAGUUGCUACCACUUCAGCUUCACUUUCAGUGGAAAUCCCAGAAGUUGUUUCUCCUGAGCUAGAAGUACCAGUGUACCCACCUGCUGUCAUAAUACCACUACGUGAUGCUGUUACGUCUGAGGGACAGUCUGCUCGUUUUCAGUGCAGAGAAAAGAUGCAAGUCCCAGAAGUUGUUUCUCCUGAGCUAGAAGUACCAGUGUACCCACCUGCUGUCAUAAUACCACUACGUGAUGCUGUUACGUCUGAGGGACAGUCUGCUCGUUUUCAGUGCAGAGUUACAGGGACAGAUCUGAAAGUCUCUUGGUACAGCAAAGAGAGAGAGAUCAAGCCAUCGCGUUUUUUUAGAAUGACUCAGUUUGAAGACACUUACCAGCUGGAGAUUGCUGAAGCUUAUCCAGAGGAUGAAGGAAUCUAUACCUUUGUGGCCAGUAAUUCUGUAGGCCAAGUGACAAGCACUGCUACCUUGAAGUUAGAAGCUCCGGAAAAAAUUAUUCAUGAGAAGCUAGAGGAAGAGAUUGAAAUGGAAGUGAAAGUUGCACCGAUCCUAAGAAGAAGGCUCGAAUCUCUGGAGGUGGCUGUAAAUCACGUGGCCAAGUUUACCUGUGAGGUAGAGACUGCUCCCAAUGUCAGGUUCCAGUGGUACAAAGCUGGCCGAGAGAUAUAUGAUGGGGACAAAUACUCCAUUCGCACCUCCAACUACCUCUCCACGCUGGAGAUCCCGAGGCCUCAGGUUGUUGACUAUGGAGAGUAUAGCUGUAAGGCUUCCAACCAGCAUGGCAGUGUAAGCUCUACAGCCCUUUUAACAGUAACUGAAGCAUUUCCGCCAGCGUUUCUUACCAGACCUGAAUCUAUCACUACUUUUGUGGGCAAAAGUGCCAAGUUCCUGUGUACCGUUUCGGGCACUCCAGUCAUCGAUGUCGCCUGGCAGAAAGAUGGCACGACCAUUUCACCUUCGGACCACCACAAGAUCUCCAAAGUGGAAAAUAAACAUGUGUUAGAAAUUUCCCUUCUCACCACGAGUGACAGAGGGGUUUACACUUGCAAAGCUUCCAACAAGUUUGGGGCUGACAUCUGUCAGGCUGAAAUGGUCAUUAUAGACAAGCCCCACUUCAUUAAAGUUUUGCAGUCAGUGCAGUCAGCAGUCAAUAAAAAAAUACAUCUUGAAUGUCAGGUAGAUGAAGACAGGAAAGUAACAGUAGGGUGGACAAAGGAUGGAAACAAAAUCCCUCCAGGCAAAGAUUAUAAGAUUUACUUUGAAGAUAAAAUAGCCUCACUUGAGAUUCCUCUGGCUAAGCUCAAGGAUUCAGGCCACUAUGUGUGCACUGCCUCAAAUGAGGCAGGAAGCAGCUCCUCUUCUGCCAGCGUCACAGUCAGAGAACCACCAUCCUUUGUGAAGAAGGUCGAUCCAUCUUAUUUACUGACCCCAGGUGAUUCUGCACGCCUUCAAUGCAAAAUCAAAGGGUCUCCUGAAAUCCAGGUUACUUGGUUCAAGAACAAUAAGGAAAUCCGUGAAAGUAACACACACAGGAUGUCUUUUGUCAAUUCUGUGGCUGUGUUAGAUAUUUUGGAGAUGAAAGUUGAUGACAGUGGGAGCUACUCAUGUGAAGCUGUAAAUGAGGUUGGAAGUGACAGCUGCACCUCCGAAGUAGUUGUCAAAGAGCCUCCGUCUUUCAUCCGAACACUUGAACCAGCAGAGGUAGUGAAGGGAACAAACACCGUUCUUCAGUGUGAGGUUGCUGGUACUGGACCGUUUGAGAUUAGCUGGUACAAAGACAAGAAACAGAUUCGCAGUAGUAAAAAAUACAGGUUGACCUCUCAGAAAGCUGUUAUUUCUCUGGAGGUGUCCUCAUUUAAUAGUGCGGAUGUCGGUGAAUACGAGUGUGUGAUAGCUAACGAAGUCGGGAAGUGCAUAUGCAGUGCAACAUACAUCUUGAAAGAACCACCAUCUUUUGUUAAGAAAAUCGAAAAUGUGACAGCUCUGGCUGGAGAUAGUAUUACAUUACAGGCUGUGGUGAAAGGGUCAGAGCCUAUUUCUGUGAUGUGGAUGAAGGGCAAAGACAUUAUUCAAGAUGAUAACAAAGUGAGAGUGACAUUUGAACACGGUCUAGCAACGCUGCAAAUUACCGGUGUCCAACUGAGCUCUGGUGGCAAAUACACCUGCGUGGCUGAGAAUGACGCAGGAAGUCAGUCCUGCUUUGGUGAACUAGCAGUGAAAGAACCUGCCAAAAUCAUUGAAAAGUCCGAAAUGAUCCAGGUAACAGCAGGGGAACCAGCCAUUUUGGAGUACACUGUCACAGGCACUCCAGAGCUAAAAACCAAAUGGUUCAAAGACGGAAGACCACUACCUGCCAGCAAAAAAUAUAGGAUCAGCUUUAAAAAUAACAUUGCCCAGCUCAAGUUUUAUGCCACUGAAAUGCAGGACAGUGGCGAGUACACCUUUGAGAUAUCCAAUGAUGUGGGCAUCAGCUCUUGUACUACCAGCUUCACUGUGCUAGAUCGCACUCUCCCUCCCUUCUUUACUAAACCACUGAAGAAUAUUGACAGCAUCAUUAGCACCUCGUGCCGUCUAGACUGCAAAAUUUCAGGCUCUCUUCCAAUGACCGUCUCUUGGUUUAAGCAGGACACUGAGAUAACUUCAAGUGCCAAGUACACAGUACACUUUGCAGAAGGCUCCGCAUCUUUGGAAAUAAAACACCUAGAUGCAAGUGACGCUGGUGUCUACAUUUGCAGAGCCACAAACUCUGCUGGUAGCAAAGACAGCAGUAGCACUUUGUUUAUAAAAGAGCCACCCAGCUUCACUGUAGAACCAGAGUCCCAAGAUGUACUGCCUGCAUCAACCGUACGUUUCAAAGGCACAUUUAAAGGCACAACACCACUGACGGUGAAAUGGUUUAAAGGUGAUACUGAGCUGGUGACAGGAGGAGCCUGCUACAUUAUGACAGAAGCAUUAGCAAGUUACUUGGAACUUUACGCAGUCAAACCAACAGACUCAGGAAAAUACACCUGCAAAGUCUCCAACGUAGCUGGUUCAGUAACAUGCAGUGCAAACUUGUUUGUAAAAGAACCUGCUGCCUUCAAGGAGAAGCUAGAGCCAGCCCAUCUGGUAAAGAAAGGUGGAUAUGCUGAGCUGACCUGUGAAGUCACUGGUACUCCUGAGAUUAAAAUCACGUGGUUCAAGGAUGAUAGAGAGCUAAAAGAGAGUGACAAAUACAGGAUGUCUUUUGCAAAAUCCUUGGCAAUACUCCAUCUUUCGGAGGUUGAGAUUGAAGACAGUGGGGAAUACAUUUGUGAGGCCAAAAAUGAUGCCGGAAAAGAUAUUUGCAGUAGCGUUGUUACAAUCAAAGAGUCACCUCAUUUUAGCAAGGAGUUUCAAUCCAUGGAAGUCUUGAAGGAUUCUGACGUGGUUUUGGAGUGCGAGGUGCUUGGCACACCUCCCUUUGAAGUGUUUUGGGUGAAAGAUGAUAAACCCGUACGGAGCAGUAAGAAGCACAGAAUAAGCAUUGAGAAAUCUUUGAUUAGCCUCCACAUUUUCAGGUUUGAUGCUUCUGAUGUCGGCGAGUAUCAGUGUAGAGUAACAAAUGAUGUUGGGAGCUGCCUCUGCAGUUCAGAGGUCACACUGAAAGAGCCCCCACAAUUCUUGAAGAGGAUAGAAAACAUUAGUUCCCUUCGAGGGGGCACAGUCGUGUUUCAGGCUGCUGUUAAAGGCUCCUUGCCCAUCACUGUGUCCUGGCUGAAAGACAACGAUGAAGUGAUUGAAGACAACAAUAUCAAAAUGACCUUUGUGAACAAUGUUGCUACUCUUCUGGUGAGGUCUAUUGAACUGAAACAUGAUGGGAAAUAUUUCUGUCAGGCUAAAAAUGAGGCAGGAAUUCAGAGGUGUUCUGCUCUGCUGACUGUCAAAGAACCUGCUACAAUUGUGGACAAGGCCGUGUCAAUAGAUGUGACUGAGGGAGACCCAGCAACCUUGCAGUGUAAAUUUUCAGGAACGAGAGAUAUUACAGCCAAAUGGUUCAAAGAUGGCAAGGAACUGACAUUAGGCCCAAAAUAUAAGAUCAGUGUUACAGAUACUGUCUCAGUCCUAAAGGUGCUUCAUGCAGAAAAGAAAGAUAGUGGGGAAUACAUUUUUGAGGUUCAUAAUGACGUUGGGAGCAGUAGCUGUUCUGCCAGCAUUAACGUCCUAGAUCUUAUUAUACCACCUAAAUUCACCAAAAAGCUCAAGAAAAUGGACAGCAUUAAGGGGUCUUUUGUCCACCUGGAAUGCAUAGUGUCUGGUUCACAUCCUAUAAGUAUCCAGUGGUAUAAGGACGGCCAAGAAAUAACAGCAAGUGAAAAGCACAAAUACUCUUUCCAUGAUAAUACUGCAUUUCUAGAAAUCAAUAAACUGGAAGGCAGAGACAGUGGCUCUUACACCUGUGAAGCAACAAAUAAGGCAGGAAGCAACCAAUGCAGUGGGAUCUUAACAGUCAAAGAACCGCCAUAUUUUGUGGAAAAACCCCAGUCCCAAGAGGUUGUGCCCAAUGCUAGGGUUCAGUUCAAAGCACUGGUGAAAGGCUCUACUCCUCUGCAGAUAAAGUGGUUUAAAGACAGCCAGGAGCUCCUCUCUGGAGCCAAUCGAUCUGUCUGGAAGGACGACACAUCUAGUGUACUGGAGCUCUUCUCAGCUAGGGCAUCUGACUCCGGGAACUACACUUGUCAGAUAAGCAAUGAUGUGGGGACAGCAACUUGCAAAGCAGCUCUGUUUGUAAAAGAACCCCCCAGAUUUAUUCAGAUGCCAACUUCUGUAGUAGCUUUGCGUGAAGGACAGUCCACCACUUUCGAGUGCCAGGUAGUAGGCACACCAGACAUCCACGUCACAUGGUACCUGGAUGGGAACGAAGUGACUGACCAAGCUAAGUACGGCAUCUCCUUCGUAGACGGUUUAGCCACUUUGAAAGUCACUCAAGCCAGAGUGUCAGAUAGUGGGAUUUAUGUUUGUGAAGCCCACAAUGAUGCAGGUAGUGAGAGCUGCAGCAUCGAGCUGAAAGUAAAAGAGCCUCCAACAUUUGUUCGGGAUUUGAGACCCACUGAGGUAGUGAAGGGUUUGGAGGCUACACUCGAGUGUGAAGUGACUGGUACUCCUCCAUUUGAGGUGAAGUGGCUGAAGAACAAUAAGGAGAUGUUCAGCGGCAAGAAAUAUGCCAUGUCCACCAAAGAAUCAGUAUUUACUCUUAAUGUGACUAACUGUGAUGUCUCAGACAUUGGUGAAUACCAGUGUAUUAUAUCAAAUGAAGGUGGGAGCUGUUCUUGCAGCACAAGGCUCAGCUUGAAAGAACCACCAUCCUUCGUCAAGAAGCUGGAGAACGUCACUAGCAUUUUGAAAGGUACCGCAUCCUUCCAGUGCGUUGUAGCAGGCGCUCAACCCUUAUCUGUGUCAUGGAUAAAAGAUGAGAAAAUACUAGAAGACGAUGAGCACCAUCAUAUUACUUUUGAGAACAACGUGGCCACACUGAAACUUACCAAUGCUGACCUCAGCCACAGAGGGAGAUACACCUGCCAGGCAAAGAACGAGUCUGGUGUGGAGAAGUGCUUUGCUUUGCUUUUUGUACAAGAGCCUGCACGGAUAAUAGAAAAGGCUAAAUCACUUAAAGUCACAGAAAGAGACCCCGUGACUUUGGAGUGUACUGUGGCUGGGACACCGGAGCUCCGAAUAAGAUGGUACAAAGACGGCAAACAGCUCCUGCCCAGUAGAUACUACACAAUGAGCUUUGAAAACAAUGUGGCCAGUUUCAGGAUUGAACCUGUAUCAAAGGAGGACAGUGGUACAUACAGUUUUAAGGUUGAAAAUGACUUCGGAAGUAGCACCUGUGAAGCUGUUCUGACUGUGCUAGAUCAAUCAAUUCCUCCUGCAUUUAUCAAAAAGCUAACCAAAAAGGAUACCGUUCUGGGAUCUUCUAUCCAAAUGGAGUGCAAAGUUUCUGGGUCACUCCCCAUUACUGCAAAAUGGUUUAAGGAUGGAAAAGAGAUAACUGACAGUGCAAAAUAUAGAAGCCUGUGCCACGAGAACACUGUGUCACUCGAGAUUGCUAAUCUAGAGCUGGCAGACACUGCAAAUUACACAUGCGGUGUCUCUAAUGUUGCUGGGAACGAUUCUUGCAGUGCUGUCCUGACUGUGAAAGAGCCACCAAGCUUCUUAGUAAAACCUGAAAGCCAGCAAGCCAUUCCAGAUUCCACAGUGGAGUUUAAGGCCACACUAAAAGGAACACCACCCUUUACACUAAAGUGGUUCAAAGAAGACUUAGAACUUGUAUCUGGUCCGACUUGUUUCAUUGGGAUUGAAGGGUCAACUGGGUUCUUAACCCUCUAUUCGGUGGAUGCUUCUAGGAGUGGGCAUUACACUUGCCACGUUUCAAAUGACGUUGGCAGUGACUCUUGCGCUACAACAUUGAUGGUAACAGAACCACCCAAGUUUGCUAAGAAGCUAGAGGUCACAAAAGUGGUCAAGCAGGGUGAUUCAGCCCGGCUUGAGUGCAAAGUAAGUGGAUCUCCAGAGAUGAAAGUAGUGUGGUUCAGAAAUGACCAUGAAAUCGUUGCCAGUGAAAAAUUCCGGACAUCAUUCAUUGACUCUGUGGCCGUGCUUGAAAUGAAUCAUCUCAGUACUGAUGAGAGUGGUGACUACAUCUGUGAAGCUCACAACCCCGCCGGCAAGGCCAGCUGUAGCACCAAAGUCAUAGUGAAAGAACCUCCUGUCUUUAGCAGGAAGCCCUCUCCAGUAGACAUGCUCAAAGGAACCGAAGUUAGCCUGGAAUGUGAGAUUUCAGGAACACCACCAUUUGACAUUACCUGGUACAAAGACAGGAGACAAAUUCGCAGUAGUAAGAAGUAUAAGGUUACAUCCAAAAACUACCAUACAAGUGUUCGCAUUCUUAAUGUCGAAGCUGCAGAUGUUGGUGAAUAUCAGUGCAAAGCACAGAACGACGUAGGAAGUGACACUUGUUUUUGCAUUGUGAAGCUGAAAGAACCACCAAAAUUCUUGACUAAAAUAAACAGCAUGACUGUUGUGGUUGGUGAACCAGUAGAAUUACAAGCAAGAGUUGAGGGCUCCCAGCCAAUUUCUGUGCAGUGGCUUAAAGACAAAGAGGAAAUUAUUAGAGAAAGUGAAAAUACGAAGAUCACAUUUAUGGAAAAUAUUGCAACUUUACAACUUGUGCGCACAGAGACAAGCAAUGCUGGAAAAUACAUCUGUCAGAUCAGAAAUGAUGCUGGAAGUCGCGAGUGCAUGGCUACCUUAACUAUUCUAGAGCCUGCAGUCAUUGUAGAGAAAGCAGAGCCAAUGAGAGUUACUAUAGGAGACGCCUGUACUUUGGAGUGCAAAGUGGCAGGCACACCGGAGCUUUCCACUGGGUGGUUCAAGGAUGGCAAAGAGCUGACAAGCAGCCAAAAAUACAGAAUUACUUUCCUCAAUAAAGUAUCUACACUUAAAAUUAUGGAUGCAGAAAAGGAGGAUGGUGGAUUGUACACUUUUGCAGUGCAGAACGACGUGGGGAAAAGCAGUUGCACAGCAUCAGUUGAUGUUUUAGAUCGAAUCAUUCCUCCUUCUUUCACAAGAAAACUAAAGGAAACCCCUUGUGUCCUGGGUUCCUCAGCAUUGCUGGAAUGCAAAGUGUCGGGUUCACCUCCUAUUUCUGUUGCCUGGUUCCGAAAUGGACUUAAGUUAGUCAAUGGGGAAAAACAUCAGAUCUCCUUUUCAGAUAACCUAUGUAUUUUAGAAGUGAAUUCACUGAGCGACUCAGAUACUGGAACUUACACCUGCAAAGCUACCAACAUAGCUGGUUCAGAUGAAUGCAGUGCUGUAUUGACCGUACAAGAACCACCUUCUUUUGAGAGGACACCAGAGCCUCUGGAUGUCUUGCCAGGCACAAGCAUCACUUUUACUUGUGUUAUCAGAGGAACCCCUCCUUUUAAGGUGAACUGGUUUAGAGGGGCCAAUGAGCUUGUGCCAGGGGACAAAUGCAAUAUCUACUUGGAGGACUCCAUUGUGGAGCUUGAGUUAUUUGAUGUAACUCCUCUCCAAAGCGGAGAGUACACUUGUCUAGUGACUAAUGAUGCUGGCAGGGCAAAUUGUACAACACACCUUACAGUAAAAGAGCCGGCUGUCUUUGUGAAGAAACUGAGCGAUCAGUAUGUGGAGCCUGGCAAGCCCAUCAUCCUGGAGGGCACUUACACAGGCAGCCUGCCCAUCUCUGUGACAUGGAAGAAGAAUGGCCACACCAUCACUCAAUCUCAGAAGUGUAGCAUCACCACUACAGAGAAAUCCUGUAUCCUGGAAAUACUUGACAGCACCAAAGACGAUGCAGGAGAAUACACUUGCUAUGUUGAAAAUGAGGCAGGAAGAGAUGUUUGUGAGGCUGUAGUCUCUACCCUAGAACCUCCCUAUUUUGUUACACACUUGGAACCUCUUGAGGUGUCAGUUGGGGAUUAUACAACAUUGCAAUGUCGUGUUGCUGGAACACCAGAAAUCAUUGUGUCUUGGUACAAAGGUGAUACAAAACUCAGGUCUACUCCUGACUACAAAGUGUUCUUUAAAGACAACGUUGCUACACUUAUUUUCAACAAAGUGGCUAGCAAGGACAGUGGAGAAUAUAUCUGCAAGGCAGAAAACAGUGUAGGAACUACAUCUACAAAGGCUCUCUUAACAGUUCAAGAGCGCAAACGACCACCUUCCUUUGCAAGAAAAUUAAAGGACAUUGAGCACCCUGUUGGUUUACCCCUUAAAUUUAUGUGUCGGCUCAAUGGCUCAGAACCCAUUACUGUGACUUGGCAUAAAGAUGGUGUGCUGCUAAGCGAUGACCACAAUGUGCACACAUCCUUUGUAGAUAAUGUUGCAGUGUUGCAACUGGUGCGAACCGAGAUGAAUCAUACCGGGCAGUACUCCUGCACAGCCACCAACGCUGUGGGCACUGCCACCUCAAGUGCUAGGCUCACAGUGGCAGAACCCAAGCAAGCACCUGUUUUUGACACCAAACCAGAAUCUAUUGACGUGCCUUUUGGGGAAAGUGCUGACUUUGAAUGCCAUGUUACUGGAGCCCAGCCAAUACACAUCACCUGGUCCAAGGAUGGCCGGGAGAUCCGAACUGGAGGAAACUUCAAUAUUACAUUUGUAGCCAACAUAGCUCACCUUCGAGUGCUCAGAGUGGGUAAAGGAGACUCUGGCCAAUAUACGUGCCAAGCUAGCAAUGAAGCUGGGAAAGACUUUUGCUCAGCCCAACUAAGUGUCAAAGAACCUCCCAAGUUCAUCAAGAAGCCUGAAGCUUUGCGAUUCGUGAAGCAGGGAGACACAGUUCAACUUGAAUGCAAAAUCAGUGGCACACCAGAGAUCAGAACCAUGUGGUACAAAAAUGAUCAGGCACUCCAGGCGAGCGACAAGCUCCAUAUGUCCUUUGUAGACUCCGUGGCGAUGCUAACCAUCUUAGGUGCCAGCGCUGAAGAUGCCGGCGAUUACAUAUGUGAAGCCCAUAACUCUGCUGGCACAGCCAGCUGCAGCACUUCAGUCGCAGUGAAAGAACCACCUGUUUUUAGCAAGGUGCCAAGCCCUGUGGACACUCUUAAAGGCUCAGAUGUUAUGCUCCAGUGUGAGAUAGCAGGGACUCCACCCUUUGAGGUGGCUUGGUUCAAGGACCGGAGGCAGGUCAGGAGCAGCAAGAAGUUCAAGGUGACAGCAAAGCACUCCGUUGCCAGUCUUCAUAUUCUCAAUCUGGAAUCUCAAGAUACUGGAGAAUAUCAAUGCAAAGCUAUGAAUGAGGUGGGAAGCGACACUUGCACCUGCCCAGUGAAAUUCAAAGAACCCCCACGUUUUGCCAAGAAGUUGAGUGACACUGCAAUCUUCGUCGGGGAGCCAACAGCCCUGCAGGCAGUAGUGGAAGGAUCCCCACCAAUUUCUGUUGUCUGGCUCAAGGACAAGGGUGAAGUUAUUAGGGAGAGUGAAAAUGUCCAAAUGUGGUUUAUGGACAACAUUGCAACUCUGGAGAUUGCCAGUGCAGAAGGAGCUGAUGUUGGGAAGUACAUCUGCCAGAUCAAAAAUGAUGCUGGCAUGCGGGAGUGCUCUGCCUUUUUACAAGUCCUAGAACCAGCAGUCAUUUUAGAGAAGACCGAGCCGAUCACAGUAAUGGCUGGCAAUCCUUUUACCUUGGAAUGCAAAGUAGGAGGAACACCUGAACUUAUCACCAAGUGGUACAAAGAUGGCAGAGAACUAAGGAGCGACCGCAAAUACCAAAUUACCUUUUUCAACAAUAUAUCCACUUUGAAAGUCUUUUCUGCAGACAGGGGAGACAGGGGCUUGUAUACUUUUGAGGUCCAAAAUGAGGUGGGGGACAGCAGCUGCACUUCUUCAGUUGAUGUUUCAGAUCGUCUUGUUGCUCCUUCAUUCUCAAGAAAACUAAAGGAAACAAAUGGGGUGCUGGGAUCCUCAGUGCUUCUGGAGUGCAAAGUGUCUGGCACAUCCCCCAUAUCUGUGGCCUGGUUUCAGGAUGGGAAUGAGAUUGUUAGUGGAGAAAAAUAUGAAAUCUCAUUUUUGGAUAAUGUUUGUGCUUUGAAGCUGAAUGCCUUGGAUGUCACAGAUACAGGGCCAUAUACCUGUGUGGCAGCCAAUGUGGCUGGAUCUGAUGAAUGCAGUGCCUUCUUGACUGUACAAGAACCACCUUCUUUUGUGAAGACACCUGAUCCUCAGGAAGUUUUGCCCGGAUCAAGUGUGACAUUCACCAGCUACAUCAAGGGCAGUACUCCCUUCAAAGCGACCUGGUUCCGAGGCAUCAGGGAGCUGGUGCCAGACAGCAACUGCUCCAUCGCUCUGGACGAGUCUGUGGCACGUCUGCAGCUGUACAAUGUGGAGCCAGGCCACAGCGGUGACUAUGCCUGCGUGGUCACAAAUGAUGCUGGCAGUGCCUCAUGCACAACCCAACUCUUUGUGAAAGAGCCUGCAGUCUUUGUGAAGAAAUUAAGUGAUUUCAGUGUGGAGCAGGGAAAGUCCAUCGUGUUGGAAAGUGGCUACAUAGGCACCCCUCCCAUCUCUGUCACCUGGAAACGAAAUGGCAUGCCCAUUGCUCAGUCUCCACGCUGCAGCGUUACAACUACUGACAAAUCUGGCAUUCUUGAAAUCUUCAACAGCACCAAGAGCGAUGAAGGCGAAUACACCUGUGAGGUGGCAAAUGAGGCGGGUGGGGAUGUUUGCCACAGCCUUGUAUCUAUCUUAGAACCACCCUAUUUUGUCACGCACCUGGACCGCGUGGAGGUGAAGGUUGGCGAGCCCGUGAUCUUAAAAUGCCAGAUUGGUGGUGCGCCAGAAAUUAAGGUGUCCUGGUACAAAGAUGACACCAAGCUCAGAUCAACACAGGCUUGCAAAAUGCACUUCAAGAAUAAUGUGGCAACACUGGCAUUCUCCACCGUGGAGGAUAGUGACAUUGGAGAAUAUAUCUGCAAAGCAGAAAAUAGCGUUGGCUUCGCCACUUCCACAGCUUUGCUUGUUGUUAAAGAACGUCAACUUCCCCCUACAUUCACCAGAAAACUGAAAGAUAUUCAAGAGGCAGUUGGUGCCCCAGUGACAUUUGAUUGUCGCAUAAACGGCUCAGAGCCUAUUCACGUGUCUUGGUACAAGGAUGGGGUUCUCUUAAGCGACAGUGAUAAUAUGCAAUCAGCCUUCUUAAAUAAUGUUGCGACUCUCCAGAUCUUGCAAACUAGUAUGGCUUACUGUGGCCAAUAUACUUGCUCAGCCCAAAACGCUCUGGGGACUGCAUCUUCCAGUGCCAAGCUUCUCCUCACAGAACAACUACAUCCUCCCUUCUUUGACAUCAAGCCAGUAUCUAUUGAUGUGGCGCUAGGGGAAAGUGCAACCUUUAAGUGCCACGUGACUGGCUCUGCUCCCAUGAGGAUUACUUGGACCAGAGACAACAGAGAGAUCCGCCCAGGUGGCAACUACAAGAUGACGUUGGUGGAAAACACAGCCAGCUUGACAGUCCUAAAAGUCAGUAAAGGGGAUGCUGGACUCUACACAUGUACUGCCAGCAACAGCGUUGGAAAGGACAAAUGCGCAGCUCAGCUGGCUGUACAAGAACCACCAAGGUUUAUUAAGAAACUGGACUCCUCAAGACUUGUGAAACAGCAUGAUUCCACUAAGUAUGAAUGCAAAAUAGGUGGAUCUCCAGAAAUCAAAGUCACCUGGUACAAAGGUGAAACUGAGAUCCAUCCCAGUGAAAAAUACAGAAUGUCCUUUGUGGAUUCUGUCGCAGUCAUUGAAAUGCACAACCUCAGUGUUGAGGACAGUAGUGACUAUACUUGCGAAGCUCAGAAUCCGGCGGGUAGUGCGAGCACCAGUACCUCACUGAAAGUAAAAGCACCCCCCAUUUUUACGAAGAAGCCCCAUCCAGUCCAGACCUUGAAAGGGUCUGAUAUUCACCUGGAAUGUGAGCUUCAGGGCACUCCUCCAUUCCAGAUUUCAUGGUAUAAAGACAAACGAGAAAUUCGGAGCAGCAAGAAGUAUAAGGUCAUGUCCGAGAACUACCUAGCUAGUAUUCACAUUCUCAGUGUGGACACUGCAGAUGUCGGUGAAUAUCACUGUAAAGCUGUAAAUGAUGUGGGAAGUGACUCCUGUAUUGGCUCUGUAACACUAAGAGCACCACCAACCUUUGUGAAGAAGCUGAGUGAUGUCACUGUCGUAGUUGGGGAGUCGAUUGAACUGCAGGCUGCAGUAGAAGGAUCACAGCCCAUUUCUGUUCUGUGGUUAAAAGACAAAGGGGAAAUCAUUAGAGAAAGUGAUAAUCUUUGGAUCUCCUAUUCCAAAAACAUUGCAACUAUGCGGAUUGGAAAUGCGGAACCAGCCAAUGCUGGGAAAUACAUUUGUCAGAUAAAAAAUGAUGCUGGAGUUCAGGAAUGCUUUGCCACGCUGACAGUGCUAGAACCUGCAGUCAUUGUAGAGAAGCCAGGCCCAGUCAAAGUUACAGCUGGAGACUCUUGUACUCUGGAAUGCACAGUAGACGGCACACCAGAGCUUACUGCUAGGUGGUUUAAGGAUGGGAACGAACUGUCCACUGACCAUAAAUAUAAAAUCAGUUUCUUCAACAAAGUAUCUGGGCUUAAGAUCCUCAAUGCAGGACUAGAAGACAGUGGAGAAUAUACUUUUGAGGUGAAAAACAGUAUUGGUAAAAGCAGCUGCACAGCUUCAGUGCAUGUUUCAGACCGUAUUAUACCUCCUUCUUUCACAAGAAAACUGAAAGAAACGUAUGGUCAGCUGGGUGCUGCUGCUGUACUGGAGUGCAAAGUUUAUGGGUCACCACCUAUUCUGGUUUCCUGGUUUCAUGAUGGACAGGAGAUUACCAGUGGAGACAAGUAUCAGGCUACCCUUACAGACAAUACCUGUUCUCUGAAAGUGAAUGGACUUCAGGAAUCUGAUAUGGGAACUUAUUUGUGCACAGCUACUAACGUAGCUGGGUCUGAUGAAUGCAGCUCAUUUUUGAGUGUUAGAGAACCACCAUCUUUUGUGAAGAAACCUGAACCACUGAAUGUUUUAUCUGGGGCAAACAUAACCUUUACCAGUAUCAUAAAAGGCUCCUCUCCAUUGGAAGUUAAAUGGUUUAGAGGUAGUCUUGAGCUAGUACCAGGACACAGAUGCAAUAUCACCUUGCAAGAUUUAAUUGCAGAACUGGAGCUGUUUGAUGUACAUCCACUUGAGAGUGGAGACUACACCUGCCAGGUCUCUAAUGAGGCAGGGAAGAUUUCUUGCACAACACAUCUUUUUGUCAAAGAACCUGCCAAAUUUGUGAAGAAGGUGAACGAUUUAAGUGUAGAGAAAGGGAAAAAUUUAAUCUUGGAAUGCGCAUAUACGGGUACUCCACCAAUUUCAGUGACAUGGAAGAAAAAUGGAGUAAAAAUAACACACUCUGAAAAGUGUAGCAUCACCACAACAGAAACAUCUGCCAUACUGGAAAUCCCCGGUAGCAAACUAGAAGAUCAGGGACAAUAUUCUUGUCAUAUUGAAAAUGAUUCUGGACAAGAUAAUUGUCAUGGUGCAAUCACAAUACUAGAACCACCUUACUUCAUUACACCCUUGGAGCCAGCGCAGGUGACUGUUGGGGAUUCUGCGUCCUUACAGUGCCAGGUUGCUGGAACACCAGAAAUGAUUGUAUCGUGGUACAAAGGCGAUACAAAGCUAAGAGGAACUGCUACUGUGAAAAUGCACUUUAGGAACCAAGUUGCCACUCUGGUUUUCAGCCAGGUAGACAGUAGUGACAGUGGGGAGUACAUCUGCAAAGUAGAAAACACUGUUGGGGAGGCUGCUUCAUCAUCUUUGCUGACAGUUCAAGAGCGUAAACUUCCUCCUUCUUUUACACGAAAAUUAAGAGAUGUUCAUGAAACUGUUGGCUUACCGGUUACAUUUGAUUGCGGCAUUGCUGGUUCAGAACCUAUUGAAGUGUCUUGGUUUAAAGACGGUGUACGUGUAAAAGACGACUACAAUGUUCACACAUCCUUCGUAGAUAAUGCAGCAACUCUCCAGAUUUUGAAGACAGAUAGGAGCCUUACUGGGCAAUAUACCUGCACAGCUACCAAUGCGAUUGGGACUGCUUCUGCUAGUGGCAGGCUUUUCCUUACAGAAGGGAAGACUCCUCCAUUCUUUGACAUCCCAAUUACACCUGUGGAUGGUAUUAUUGGAGAAAGUGCUGACUUUGAGUGUCACGUUUCUGGAACACAGCCUAUUAGAGUCACUUGGGCAAAAGAUAACCAAGAGAUUAGAACAGGAAGAAACUACCAGAUCAGUUAUGUAGACAACACAGCCCACUUGACCAUCUUGAGAGUUGACAGGGGAGACUCUGGAAAGUAUACGUGCUAUGCUAGCAAUGAAGUCGGAAAGGACUCUUGCACAGCUCAACUGACUGUUAAAGAACGAAAAACUCCACCUACUUUUACUAAGAAACUGUCUGAAGCAGUAGAAGAAACAGAAGGGAAUGAACUUAAACUUGAGGGUCGUGUUUCCGGCUCUCAGCCUUUGACUGUUGCUUGGUAUAAAAAUAAUCAGGAAGUUCAUUCAAGCCCUCAUUGUGAAAUAUCUUUCAAAAACAAUACCUUACUUUUGCAUAUAAAGAGCGUAGAGCAAUCAGAUGCUGGUUUAUAUACCUGUAAAGUGUCCAAUGAAGCAGGAAGUGUGUUGUGUACAUCUUCUGUUGUUAUCGGAGAACCUAAAAAGCCUCCAGUUUUUGACCAGCCUCUUCAGCCAGCAGCAGCAGAGGAAGGUGAUACCCUACAGCUCCGCUGCCACGUCCAAGGAUCGCAGCCAAUCCGGAUUCAGUGGCUGAAGGCAGGGAGAGAAAUAAGAGCUUCAGACAGAUGCAACUUCAGCUUUGCUAAUGGAAUAGCUCUUCUGGAACUUGCUGCAGUUACCAAAUCCGAUUUAGGAGAAUAUGUAUGCAAAGCUUCAAAUACAGCUGGCACUGAUACUUGCAAAUCUAAAGUGACAGUUAAAGAAAAACCAGCAGCUGCACCAGCAGCUAAGAAAGCAGAAGUGGAAGGAAAACUUUAUUUUGUGUCAGAGCCUCAGAGUAUCAAAGUCAUGGAAAAGACUGUUGCAACAUUUAUUGCAAAAGUUGGAGGAGACCCAAUUCCGAAUGUUAAAUGGAUGAAGGGAAAAUGGAGGCAACUCAACCAGGGAGGUCGCGUUAUAAUCCAGCAGAGAGGAGAUGAAGCCAAACUAGCAAUAAAGGAUGCAAUAAAAACUGAUUCUGGCAUGUACAAAUGUGUAGCUUUUAACCAACAUGGUGAAAUUGAGAGGAGUGUAAACCUAGAAGUUGAAGAAAGAAAGAAAGAAGUUGUUGAAGGGGAUCUCAGGGCAAAACUUAAAAGCACUCCAACAAAAAGGAAGGAAGAAGAGGAAGAUCAACCUAUUGAUAUCUUGGAACUUCUCAAAAAUGUAGAUCCCAAAGAAUACGAGAAAUAUGCUCGCAUGUAUGGAAUUACAGAUUUCCGUGGCCUCCUGCAAGCCUUUGAGUUACUAAAGCAAACCCAAGCAGAAGAAAGCCAUAGAUUGGAAAUUGAACUCACAGAAAAAGCUCGAAGAGAAGAUCAGGAAUUUGAUGAACUUGUAGCUUUUAUUCAGCAACGACUCUCACAGACAGAGCCUAUUACUCUGAUCAAAGACAUUGAAAAUCAGAUGGUUUUAACAGAUGAGGAUGCUAUCUUUGAAUGUGAGAUUAAAAUUAACUAUCCGGAAAUUAAACUUUCAUGGUACAAGGGAACACAGAAACUGGACUCCAGUGAAAAAUAUGAAAUUAGAGUUGAAGGUGAUCGCCACAUACUGAGAAUCAGGAAUUGCCAACUUGAAGAUCAGGGAAAUUUCAGAAUAGUGUGUGGACCACACAUCGCCAGUGCCAGGCUAACUGUGAUCGAACCUGCAGUUGAACGGCAUCUUCAUGACACUACUUUCAAGGAAGGAAACACAUGCACGCUGUCUUGUCAGUUCUCUAUCCCAAAUGCCAAGUCUCAGUGGUAUAGAAAUGGGAGACCCAUUAAGAUAGGAGGGAGAUAUUCAACACAAAUCUCUGACAAAGUACACAAACUCAUCAUCAAGGAUGUUAGAACAGAAGACCAAGGACAGUAUACCUGCAAGCUUGACGAUCUAGAAACAACUGCAGAUCUGGCCAUUGAAGCUGAACCAAUUCAGUUCACAAAGAGCAUACAGAACAUUGUAGUGAGUGAACACCAGUCUGCAACCUUUGAGUGUGAGGUGUCUUUUGAUGAUGCAGUUGUGACAUGGUAUAAAGGCCCCACUGAACUGAGAGAGAGUCCCAAGUACAGCUUCAGAAGUGAAGGCCGCUGUCAUUAUAUGACUAUUCACAAUGUUACUGCAGAAGAUGAAGGUGUAUAUUCUGUAAUUGCUCGUCUUGAACCAAGAGGAGAAGCAAGAAGCACUGCAGAGCUCUAUCUGGUAACCAAAGAAAUCAAGCUGGAGUUGAAGCCGCCAGAUGUUCCUGAUGCCAAGGUUGCAGUUCCACCUCAAAAACAAGCUGAAGCUGCCCCUAUUCCUAUUCUUCUGCCUCUUAUUCCAACACCAGAGGAGAAAAAGCCAGAAAAAAAGGUUCCAGUAAAGAAAGUCUCCAAAAAGGUGGUUAAAAAAGGUCCUGAAGAAGUCCCACCGCCUAAAGUUUCUGAGGUGCUGCCAGAGAAGCCCAAAGAGAUCAAAAUAACAUCCAUGGCAAGGAGAGAACAGAUCCAUGAAGAAAAGAAGGAAAUAUAUGAAAAGCCCAAAGAAACUUACGAAGAAUGGGAAGAAGAUUAUGGAGAAGACCAUGACUAUUAUGUCAAGGAAGAAGGCUAUGAUGAAGGGGAAGAGGAGUGGGAAGAAGCUUAUGAGAAAAGAGAAGUGACUUAUGAAGAAAAACGGGUCAUUCAUGAAGAAGUGGUUGAAGUUCCUAAAAAGCCUGUGCCUGAGCGAAAACCACCAGCAAUUACAGCUGAAAAGAAGGAAAAGAAAGAAGUAACAAUUCGUAAAGUUGUCAAGAAACCUGUUGAUGAAAAAGUGGAGAUAACCACUCAGAGGGCUGCAGAAGAAAAAGUCAAACGGGCUGAGGUUACCAAGAAAGUUCUACCACCAAAACCUACACCAAUGAUCAUUGAGGAAAAAGUUAUGAAAAAGGAAGUACCGACAGUAGAAACGUGGACCGUUUCAGAAGAAAAGAUGUCGGUUUCUGUUCACAGAGAAGAAGAGUAUUCAUAUGUCACAGAGCCAACAGAGCAUGAGAAAACAGUUGAAGAAAGAUUCUUUGAAGCUGUUUACCCAGUUGAAGCACAUAAGGAAGUUGAAGAGGAGGAGGAGGAGGAAGAAGAAGAAGAAGAAGAAGAAGUCAUUUCUACAGAACUGGAGAUCCCUCACGUUGAAGUGUUCACCACCUAUCUCUUUAAAGUGCCUGAGAUACCAAAGAGGCAUGUUCCAGAAGAAAGAAAGCCUGUUCCUGUCCCUAAGAAAGAAGCUCCACCAGCUAAAGUGCCUGAAGUCCCUAAAAAACCUGUUCCAGAAAAGAAAGUUGCUGUUGCUAAAAAGGAGGUGGCUCCCCCAGCAAAAGGUCGUGAAGUGCCUAAAAAACCUGUGCCUGAAGAAAAAGUACACGUUCCUGUUCCCAAAGAAGAACCUCCACGUGCCAAAGUGCCAGAGGUGCCUAAGAGAGCUCCCCCAGAGAAAAAAAUCGCUGUUCCAAAAAGAGAGGAAGCUCCACCACCUAAAGUGCCAGAAGUUCCUAAGAAACCAGCUCCAGAAGAAAAAAUACCACAUGUUCCUAAAGUAGAAGAAGCUCCACCUGCAAAAGUGCCUGCAGUUCCUAAGAAACCUAUCCCUAAAGAAAAAGUAUCUCCUGCUGUUCCUAAAAAAGUUGAGGCUCCUCCAGCUAAAGUCCCUGAAGUGCAGAAGAAAGCCACUUUUGAAGAAAGAGUACUUAUUACAGAAGAAAGAGUAUCUGUUGCCAUUCCAGAGGAAAUCCCAUCACCUGAAGAACCAACAGUUGAAGAAUGGGCUGAAGAAGAAAUGGAGGAAGUGUCUAUUUCCGUUCACAGAAAAGAGAUUUCUGAAGUGACUGAAGAAGAGUCUUACUACAUAGAGGAGAGGGUAACUGUUCCUAAAAGAGAGGAAGCCCCACCUACUAAAGUGCCUGAGAAGCAUAGGAGAGUUGUCCCAGAACCAAAAUUUCCAGCUGCCCCUAAGGAAGCUCCAGGAGUUAAAGAACUUGCAGAAGAACAGGUGCCCACUCUUGAGAUAGAAGUUGAAGAACCUCCAUCAACCAAAGUGACUGAAGUGCACAGGAAAAUUAUCACAGAAGAAAAAGUUGCAGUUGCUAAAAAAGAGGAGGCUCCACCAAAAAGAG